AUGGGGAGCCUGGGUUCGCUUCCACGCCGCUUGCUGGCGCGGGAGAGCGGCGAUUCGGGGGCUGACUCGGACCCGGCAGGGGAACCGGCUCUGCCUGGCCCGGGGCUCCCACCGGGGGCUGCCACGCAUGUGGCGGUGCCGCCAGCGAGUUACCCGGACCUCACCGGGAGUACGGGGGCGGCGGCCGCGCUGGUCCCGGCCGGGCAGCAGCCCCAGGCAGUCCCAGUGCCGAGUCCCCCCAGGGAGCGGGGAGACCCGAGUAAGAGCUGCCGGUACCUGCGCGUUUCAGAGCUGUGUUCAAACAUCUGGAUCUGGAAAUGUCUAGCCUGUAUAGCUAUGGUUACAGUCAUCUUGGUUACAAUCGUAUUGGUUAAAAUCUCCCUGGAUCUCAGAGCCAUAGAGCGUGUCCCUGCUGUGACUGGAAAGUGCAUACCCUGCCCAGGAGGCUGGAUGUGGUUCAGAGGGCAAUGUUACUAUUUUUCCAAAGAAACCCAGGACUGGGAUGCCAGUAAGGAGUUUUGCAGUUCUCAUAAUGCCACACUUGCUGUGAUAAAAGAACCAUCACAACUGGAGACUAUUAACUCUUUUAAAGGAAAUGAGGAUUACUGGCUUGGACUAAGCAAAGGAGGAGAGGGAUGGCAGUGGGUGGAUGGAUCUCCAUUUACUAAUACCAUAAUUCAGUUGGAAAAUGAUGCCCAAAACUUGAACUGUGCUUUCCUUAGCAUGAAGCAAAUUGCUACUGUAGACUGCACAUCUCUAAGAUACUGGAUCUGUAUCGGAGUCCAAAUGAGUUUUCUCAAUCAGCAAUGA